AGGAGAGAGGGAAGUGGGGUGAGACCGGCGCGCAGGCGGUGGAAGCCUCCGCCGCCCUGACCGCGCGGGCCGCAGCCCUCCCGCCGCGCCGCCCGCGAUCACACACUCCGAGCGCCUCCGCCGAAACCCAGGCACCGAAGCGGGAGCUGAGGCGGCGCCACGCCAGCUGCAGCAGCAGAGGCAGCGCGGGCUCCCUCCCCAGUGCUGCUCAGCCGCCGUGCCCGGGCCCCAAGGUGCGGUGGGGCGCAAGUUCCCGCCAUGAGCGGCGGGCUCCGCGGCUCGGGAGACUCGCCCCAGGCUAAGCGCGAUCGCAGCGCCCCGCGGCUCCGCAGCGCCUAAGGUCGCUGCUCGCAGGUCCCGCUACUGCAGCCGCAGCUGCCACUCGCGUCCGGGCCGCCGCCGCAGCGCCGCCAGCAGCAUGUCUCGAAGGAAGAUUUCGUCCGAGUCGUUCAGUUCCCUGGGCUCCGACUACCUGGAGACCAGCCCCGAGGAGGAGGGGGAAUGCCCCAUGUCCAGGCUCUGCUGGAACGGCAGCCGGAGCCCCCCGGGGCAGCCUGAGCCUAGAGCGGCCGCAGCUCCGGCCCCCGCCGCCUCCGCGGUCGCCUCCGCCGCUAACGCCGGGGCCAGGAGGGCGCAGCGCCGGAGGCGGGUCAACCUGGACUCGCUGGGCGAGAGCAUCAGCCGCCUGACGGCACCCUCGCCUCAGACGAUUCAGCAAACUCUCAAGAGGACAUUGCAGUAUUAUGAACACCAAGUUAUUGGUUAUAGGGAUGCAGAAAAGAAUUUCCACAAUAUCUCUAACAGAUGCUCCUAUGCAGACCAUUCCAACAAAGAGGAAAUUGAAGACGUCUCAGGAAUUCUUCAGUGUACUGCUAAUAUACUCGGUUUGAAGUUUGAGGAAAUUCAAGAAAGAUUUGGUGAGGAAUUCUUUAAUAUAUGCUUUGAUGAGAAUGAGAGAGUCCUUCGAGCUGUGGGUGGCACGUUGCAGGACUUUUUUAAUGGCUUUGAUGCUUUGUUGGAACACAUUAGAACUUCUUUUGGAAAACAGGCCACUCUGGAGUCACCAUCAUUCCUAUGCAAAGAGCUUCCUGAAGGUACUCUUAUGCUCCACUACUUCCACCCUAACCCUACUGUGGGCUUUGCGAUGCUGGGUAUGAUUAAGGCUGCAGGAAAGAAGAUCUAUGGGCUGGACGUGGAAGUGGAACAGGUUGCAAGCGAGAAAUUGUGCUCUGAUGGCUCAAACCCAGGCAACUGUAGCUGUCUUACUUUCCUCAUCAAAGAAUGUGACAAUACUCACAUCACGAAGAACCUUCCACAAGGAACCUCCCAAGUUCCCGAGGAUCUCCGAAUUAGCAUCAACACCUUCUGCAGAGCCUUCCCUUUCCACUUGAUGUUUGACCCCCACAUGUCAGUCCUUCAGCUGGGGGAAGGCCUGAGGAAGCAGUUCCGAUGCGACACUCACAAAGUGCUCAAGUUUGAGGACUGCUUUGAGAUUGUGUCUCCAAAGGUGAAUGCCACCUUCGAAAGGGUCCUGCUGCGACUGUCUACCCCAUUUGUGAUUAGAACCAAGCCUGAAGCUUCUGGCACGGAAAAUAAAGACAAGGUGAUGGAAGUCAAAGGACAAAUGAUCCAUGUCCCAGAAUCAAAUUCCAUUUUAUUCUUGGGCUCUCCGUGUGUGGACAAGUUGGAUGAACUCAUGGGCAGGGGUCUGCAUCUCUCAGACAUCCCGAUCCACGAUGCCACCCGAGAUGUCAUUUUGGUUGGUGAGCAGGCAAAGGCCCAAGAUGGCUUGAAGAAGAGGAUGGAUAAAUUAAAGGCAACUUUAGAAAGAACUCACCAGGCACUCGAAGAAGAGAAAAAGAAAACAGUGGAUCUCCUCUAUUCUAUUUUCCCUGGCGAUGUAGCUCAGCAAUUGUGGCAAGGGCAGCAAGUGCAGGCCAGAAAGUUUGAUGAUGUCACCAUGCUCUUCUCGGACAUCGUGGGCUUCACAGCCAUCUGUGCUCAGUGUACCCCCAUGCAGGUGAUCAGCAUGCUGAAUGAACUGUACACCAGAUUUGAUCACCAGUGUGGAUUUUUGGAUAUUUAUAAGGUGGAAACAAUAGGUGAUGCAUACUGUGUUGCUGCAGGACUCCACAGGAAAAGCCUCUGCCACGCUAAGCCCAUCGCUCUGAUGGCUCUGAAGAUGAUGGAACUUUCAGAAGAGGUGCUGACACCUGAUGGAAGACCAAUUCAGAUGAGAAUAGGCAUUCACUCAGGCUCUGUGCUGGCUGGAGUUGUUGGGGUAAGAAUGCCCCGAUAUUGCCUGUUUGGAAAUAAUGUUACUCUGGCGAGCAAAUUCGAAUCGGGAAGUCACCCUCGGCGCAUCAAUGUCAGCCCAACCACUUACCAAUUAUUAAAACGGGAAGAAAGUUUCACAUUCAUCCCUCGGUCCCGUGAAGAGCUUCCAGACAACUUUCCAAAGGAAAUCCCUGGAAUCUGCUAUUUCCUGGAAUUAAGGACUGGUCCUAAACAGCCAAAGCCUUCUCUUUCUUCAUCGAGGAUAAAGAAGGUCUCGUACAACAUCGGCACCAUGUUCCUCCGGGAGACCAGCCUCUGAGACCUGCUACAGAUCAAAGACUCCUCCAAAAGCACAAGCCCAGAUCAUGGGUCACGACAGGAGUGCGGAAAGAGAUUCUCUUUCACUGCUUUGUUGAGAACACACAGCAGAAUUUAUGUUAUGUCAGGCAAUAAUCCUAGAAAAAGGUGGGUGAUGACUGUCAGAAAAACUGGAGGGUAGGGGGAGGAAUCAGGUGUGUCCAUCCAUAUGAGUGUUUCUUGUCAUAUAUGUAUUUUAAUAACAAGUACGGGCCCCCUUUCCAAACUAACCAAUAAAUAGACUUCAUGUUUUUGUGUUUGUCACACAUACAGGUAUCUUUCCCUAUGCAUUUGUGUCACUCUUAAGAGCCAGUUUUGAUUAUAUAUUCUUACAUUUAGUGAGAUGGUAUGUGAAGAAUAUUUUCUAAUUUUGUGCUUCUGAACAGACAUUUCUUAUGUAUAUCAUGGCAGUGUGGUAAACUUCCCAGCAGGAAGAACUGUAACUCAGCAAACUAUUUUAGGAAUAUUACCUAUUUUUAUACAUAUCUCUUCUAGAUAAUUACAUUUCACAUAACAUUUUCAGAGUCUGCUACUGUAUGGUUGGUACAUUAUGUAACUCUAACCUAUUAAUUGAAUAUAGUUUUACUCAUUAGUGCUUAGAUUGAGAAUACAUAUGACCAAGGAUUUCAGAUAAUGAGAAGGCACUGUACGUCUGCUUAGAAAAUAUAUCCUUUAGAUUUGAUUAUUGUAGCAUGUAACCCAGAGUUAAUGGAAUUUCCUAAUAGAGGAUUUAUCUAUAACCAAGAUUGAAGAAAGGUCUUUCUGCCAUCUUCCAGCAAAUACCAGUCAAAACAAAAUGCUCUUUACACCGGGCACUUUUCAACUUAGCACUUACAAAUACAGGUAGUUAUUACAAUGUACUAAACUGCAUUCUAAUGAAGGGUAGCCUACUAAGUGACAUGGCAUACUUCCCCACCCCCUUCAUGGCGGGUGACUCUUAAGGCUGCUUUUGGGAGCAAAUUCCUUGAUACUGGCAGCAGUGAGAAAGGUACAGGGAAUUUUGCCAACAAUGUGUUUUCUUCUUGCAUAAUAAAAAGCAAGGAAAUAAACCCCGUAUUUUAUGGCUUUCAGUUUAAAAAACUGUUUUUUCAGUUUGAUUGAUUUACCUUUUAAAUUCAGUGAAUCACCUCCAGACCACUGGAGUGAGUCUAACCCUUACACUUAGUAAUCACCAUAGUUACAGGUAGGCUUCCAUCUCAUGUUCUGCUAAAAUGAAGGCCAGUUCCCAAUAAUUAGCACUGCAUGAAAAAUUAUUACAGAUACACCCUGAAAUUUGGAGCACAGUGUGUCCAGGGAUUUGCUAUUUUGAAUCAGAUGUAAAACCCAAGUUUCUAUUAAGGCUAAUGAGCAGGAAACAUUUGUUUCCUUAAAAUCUUAGGGUAUCCAUUUUCUUAUUCUAGUAGGUACACUCAUUAGUAGCUUAUGUCUAUUGAAUAGAAUAUAUUUCUUCUGGUCAGAGAUUUUGGCUGCAUUAUGAUUUUGUUAUGAUAUAACUCAGCUAAAGAGCAUAUUAACUACUGUCAGGGUCGUCAUGAGGCUGAAUUAGUGUUUUUAAGUUCUCCAAGUGUGUAACUAGAAAACAUCAACAGGCAUGCAAAGUAUCUGUUACAAUGGUGAUCACUUUAAUAACUGUUGAACUCCAUCUAGCCCAGGGGCUUAUGAGGACUCCAGGGUAACACUCUUCAUGUGGGACGGGACCUAGACAUGGAACUCUGAAUCCUUGCCUGUCUCUCUCUCUUCUCUGAGUCUAGGUCUCUGUUUUUAACCCCCUGGGGUAAGAUGGCCAGGGGGUUUAUGAGAGGCUGUGUAGGCUGAGGACAAGGUGCUCUCAUGGGAGUAAUCACUCACAAAAGAACUCUUCAGGGCACUUGGAGAUUAAUGCACUUCCUUCAUAGGGAACAGGGGCAAGUGGUACAGCCCUCAUGCCGAGAACAGGGAACCCCCAGCUAUGUUGGUGGUCUCCUUAUAGUGUAGGAGCAUGGGGAAGAACCCAGCUCACUGAAGUCAUUUAUGCUUAUUCUGCACAGUAGCUACGAGUUUAUUAUGAUAUGGUGAAUCAAUAAAUGUUUUGGCAGUAAUCAAUGUAUAAUGUAUAACCAUAAGGCUGAAAGGCACUUCCAGGAAUCAUCCAAUCUGUUUCUCUGCUUCUUGUAAAGAUCUGUUUAGGUGACUAUUCUAAACAUAUAGUUAUUCUCUCUAUACUUAUGAUCACCUAUGGGAGCAUAUUCUAAAAGCAUCACUGGAAAUUCACUUUAUUAUCUGGCAUGGUAAUAGGGCCCAAAACAAGAAUUGUAUAUGCAUUAAGUAUGUCAGAAGAAUAACAAACUCUUUCUUAGUUUAUAUGAUUUUACUUAGAGAAGAAGUAGCAUUUACAUUUUCAUAAAUGUCACAAUGAAGAAUAUGCCAGAGACCUGUUAAAUAUCACAGACAUGAUAUAAACUACAUUUUUCAUGCAAUAUAAUCUACAUGUAUCUUUAAAGCUAUAGCCUGAGACAAUGGUUCAAUCUGUUAGCAUUUUGCCAAUUUAGUACAAUUAAUUAUUAUAGUUACACUGUUGCUAUAUAUGUUUGCAAGGUAUAGUUUUAAAUGGCUGUUCACUCUAGUUGUAGUCAUAGAAUUUAGAAGCUGUGAAAAAGCAUCAUAUUUUUGUCUUCCAUAUUUCCAUUAGCAAUUGUGGCUAUAACAAGGGGUGGUAGUUGUUGUUUCAUCUGACUAACAUCUACACAGUCUUCUCACCUACAAACCACUACACCCAUCAUUCACUUUAGCCAGGCAGAUUAAAAGGAAUUUAAAUGGAUGCACCAUUGAAAUCAAGUGGUAUUAAAUUAGGGAAAUGGCUUUAACACACUCUACAAGGGAUACUUUAAAUAUAACUUGGCACUUGUAGCUCUUGUUUUAGUGUUCUUUCAAGCAAAAGAUCAGAAGAAGUCACUUUAUCACGAGCUAUCAAGACCACAGCUUUUCAGUGGCAUCAGCAUGAUUGUGAUGGAGACGAGGUCAUCAUCUGGAAAUAAGUCAGUUAUCUAACAAAGUCAGAACCCCCCAUGUGUACCCAACACGUACUGCACAGUAUGUGCUUUGUGAACCUUAAUAGGUAAUGCCAGCCAUAAUUAAAAAAUAAUACUUGAUGCCUAGAGAAAUGCUGUGUAAUGUGGUGUGGAGAAGGAUCCAAAUGUUUAAAAUCUUCCCUGAUAUUAAUUUCUUCUCUUAUGUUUUAAAUUAUUUGGGGUUUAGUUUUUAACCCCUGACUACAUGGCUGUCAGUGAGUGAUGACCUGCUGAGACAGACACUGGUGGCUGAGACUGGAGAGAGGUCUGUGGACCCAAUACUUCCUUGUGGCCUCUCAUAGUCUCACUGUUGUUCUGCUUGUCUGGUGACAAUGGUAUUGAGACCACAGUGUUUUAUUAUGAAAAUGUAAAAGUGUGUGCUUCUCCUAGAAAAACAGAGCAGAACAGGACAACCACCUAAACUAAAGUACUAAUUUACAAGUGCAGCAAAGCUUUUAAUUCUACAAAUUCCUCCAAAGAGCUCCAGCAAUAAAGCAAAACUAAAUUGAUAGGUACAAAAGGCAAAGCUACAGAGGAAUUGGAGAACCACCAGACUCUGUUUUAUACAGAAUCAUAUUGCUACCAGUUCAAAUAAUGUGUUUGGGAUUGUGAGGUAUGAAGAGGGAGCACAAGAUUGUGACCAUCAUUAAAUAUAUUUCAGGAAGGCUCUCUGGGUUGAGGGCAGGUGUUGUGGAUUAUCAGGGUGGAGAGUAAAACUUCUACAAUGGGUAUCUUGUUGUGCAUUUUGAGCACUGCUUAGCCCAUACCCAGACCCUCUCUUACUCCAUGCUGCCACUGGAAACCAUCCUGCCCACUCAAGCCCAGCCCCCGUGAAACACUGUCCUCUGUACCUCUGAACCUCACAUGGGCACCGAAAGAGUUUCUGAGGCCUGUUUCAGGCUGGUAGAAAGAUUCACACUUCAGGCCCAAACAACAGCGCACUUCUGAAGCGAACUAACCAUCCCAGUUGUGCUGGGGCACUGUUGAGAUCAAAGCUCCUCUCUGCUUUUUCUUCAAAAUACAAUCUGACUCCAAGCAUCUGAUAUAACUUCAUUGAACAUUCCUUUGAAUAAAUUAUACAUGACUUUACAUAGGCUGUGGGUGGCACCAGAUGCUGUUCAGCCAACAAUACAAUACCUAUAUGGUCGAGACCAACAACCAAGUCUCAUGUUAUAACCUGGGUACUUCUAUGAUGAGAUUACAGAUCUUGAACUAUAAAAACUGUCAUUUCAGAGGCUUCUAUGAACAUGUGUUAUGAGAUACAGCCUGAAAACCAUGACACAUGAGAGGCUGACUUAUUAAAGUUUAACAUAUUCCCUUCUGAGUGAUUCUUAUGGGUAGCUCUGAUAUGAAUAUGCAUUUUCUGAUGUCAAUAUACUUAAUUCACAGCCAGCUGAUUUAACAUACACAUAAAUUAUGUUAAAAUGAACAAAUUUUAUUGUUAAAUGUGUAAAUUGAUCCCAGCUGUGGACUCAAUUUCAAGAUCCUUGUGGUGGGGGCUGAAGAACAGACACUGAUACUAUCUACAGAUUAACAUACAUCUUGUCAGGAUAUAUUAAAAUAGUGUGCAAAAUUCUUUCCUCACGCUUGAUUCAAACAAUUGAAACCUCAGUAUUGUCCUACCACUUUUAUUGUUUCUUUUCCUCCUUUGUCUCUUCUUUCCUCCUUCUUUCUUUCAUUGAAAGAAGUCAUUGCUAUAUUUAUAACAUAGACAGAAUCACAGUCAAUCUCAUGUUGUAAAAUAGUUUGUUUUUUAAAGUAAUGAAUAUUCUUGUGUGUGUGUGUUGAACAUAACUACUUCAAGGUUAAAAGGAGUGGCAUUCUGGGAGGAAUUGAGAUGUAGGAAAGUUAAGUUAGUGUCUUUAUUUCUAGUAUGUUGUGACUGAUCAGUCAAGUAUCUCAUUGCCAUCCCAUUUGUGUUAAGAGAUAAUACUGUUCAAUGGUUCAACUCAUCAACUUGGCAGUAUCUGUCUGGUUUCAAACAAAUUACCAAGGAAGGUUUUAGGAAUACAAAUUGCUAGGCUUUACCUUCAGAGAUUUGGAUUCAGUAGGUCUCAAGUAUGACACAGUAAUCAUAGUUAGAAAAUCACUCUAGGUAAUGCUAAUAUAUAGCCAGAUUUGGAGAUCAUCAAAAAGUAUUAAAAUAAUCUCAAUUACUAGGAAUAAAUACAAGUUGACUAAGACAGCAAUAUAUUAUUUUAUUUGUAGUUAUUUUGAAAGCUAAAUAUUCCAAGCUUCAUGGCAUUAUUUUUUCACAAGUUUUAAUUUUAGCUUUGGUUUCAAAUUUAUUGUCUACUUUUUGAAUCUGAGUCUUCAAAAUUAUUAGAGAUAGAAAUCAACGCUGAUGAAUAUGGCUCACUGUAGGGCUAGUAGGCAUACUGGACAUGGUCCUGUUUUGUUAGUUACUGCCUGGAGUGUGCAGUAGUACAUCACAAUAUUCAUUGAUCCUCAUCAUCAAGAUAUCAGCUAUGAACUUUUGUACAAAGAAGCAAAUGUCAAGUGAUAGCCUUAUUCCGAAUGCUUUAAUGUUCAUGUUAUAAAAAUCAGCUUAAUAUUUAGUCUCACUCUGUACUUUUGACGUCAAACUGUACAUUCAUCUAAAAAGGAUUCCCUAGCAAUACCUUGCAACAACCUUUUAAGCAAUAAUUUAAGCCAUGAUGGUGUUACCAUCUGAACCUUGCACUUUUGUGCAUGUCAUAGAGCUUUUAGGGAAAUAGAGACAUGUUCUAUAUAAGCAAUAAUCUGCUGUGAACUUUGAAAGAAUAUUCACCAUUUUACUACAGUAAAAUGAGGAGCAAGUGAUAACUCAGAUAAAAAUCAAUUGAGAAAAUGACAUACUUAAUCUGUUCUCUCAGAAGUCUUUCAAUUGUACACAUGCUUUAAGGCAAUUAAUAUACUAUCAAAUUAUUUCUGUUGUAUAAUUUUCAAAAUACCUAUGAUAAUAUUUCUCUAAAGAAAUGCAUAUGUAUGUAAUGUUGCCCAAAUUUUCAGAUCUUCACAGUAUAUGAUACUAAGGAGCAGUUAAGGACUGAUAUUUGAGAAGAAGCAGAACACAUGUUGGAUGAGUUGACUGAGAAUGUAGGCUUUACGAAAAUACAGAUGGGUCUUAGGACAAUUAAUGCAACUGUAGCUUUGAUAAGGUUUUAGAAGAUGAAAGAUUAGAGAUAAAAGAAGCUUAUUACCACUGUUUUCUAUGAAGACAAGUGUUUAGUAAGUGUAAUAGUAUUUUGUUUUCAGAAUAUGGUUGAAAAUCGUAUGUAGUGUAAUUAAGAAACAUCUGAAAAUGAUUUUGUAGUCAUAUUGAACAUAAUCUGCUCCUCUUAGCUAUUUUGAUAAUAGUACCAGAGCUUGCAGAUUUCAAAGAGAAUAAUUUAUAUAGUUUUACUUCUUAAAAUAUAAUUUUAAUCAAAUGUGGCAUAGUGAAUAAUAUUCAGUCUUUUGAUAGUUAAAUUACCCUUCCAUAAUUUAGAAUAAUGUAUUAGGAUUACAGCUAAAAGCAACUCAUGAACUUAUGUUACAUUAAGGAUCUUCUAAGGAACAGAUUAUUAUCUAGCAAAUCCUAUGAGCUUAAAUCUAUUCUUAAGCCUGUAAAUAAGAUUAUAGCUCCUAUUAUUGCCUAGCUGGGUAAACUCUUUUCUAAUCAUGAAUCUGAAUAUAGCUGGAAUGGAGAGUGGGUUUGCUAGUAUUUUAAGUUCCCAUUACCUGUGGCAAAACUUAAAUUAGCAUUAUCCUGCCCACAGCUGAGAAAAUUUCCCUGUAUAAAUCAAAUAGGAUUGUUGAUUCACUGAGAAAGUUUUGACAGCUAUCUUUGUAUAUCAUUCAAUGCUUAACCCUUAAUAAACAUGCUUUUGAUUAUUAUAAUAAUGAAAAUAGCUUGAAACUAUUAAAUUACAGUGAAUUUAUCUUCUCAGUUAAUUCAUCUAGUUGGAAAGAUCAUCCUUUAUAUUAUUAGACUUAAGUAUUGUUCCUUAAUAUCUGAAAGCAGAAGACAGAAGCAAAACUAAAUGGCAAGCCUAAGUAAUUGCUUGUUUCUGAUUCUUUUAAUGCAUAUUUUAAAAAUAAAGUAAUUGGUUUAUAUUCAGACUUCCUCUGUGGCCUUUUCACUAUUUGUAGAUAAAGAAGGGAUUCUACUAAAUAUAUUUUUAAUGCGGUCUACUAAAUGUAAUUAAAUGUAAGUAGGGCAGUAAUGUACUAAUUGAGGUAAAAAUCAGAAAUGUACAAAAUUGCUUCUCACAUCACCUCACUUUUUAAAGACUGUUUCUCCUUUUAUGCUGUCUGGAAGUUAAUUAUACAUCAGCCUCAGGACACAGAAACAGAUGGAGCAGUGACAUGGGUGGGGGCCUUAGGUGAGAUGGAACAAAGAGAUCUACUUGUUUUUUUCAUGACAGUAUAGAUACUCUGAAAGGAGACGCAGUUUACAUAAUAGAGAUGUGGUUUAAUGAGGGUCAGAUGACUUUUUUAACUGGUGGUCAUUCUUAUUUUAACAAGAGGAGAGAGGAUCCUUUUGAAGCCCUUUUCAAUGUUCUUAGGGGGUGGUGUCAGGCUCUCUGAUCAGCAGCUGCACAGAUCAGUGAAGCCGGGAUUCCAAACUCCCAGAGCUGCUGUGUACAGAAACCCUGUGAAGGCAGGACUAGGCUUGGUUACACUGACGAUGGUGAAGUGUCAGAACAUCUAGACCGAAGGAACGAAGAGGGCCAGAUACCAGCUCUGCCAGAUGUCACGGAAAAGCUGUCAAAAUUAGCACAAAAGAACAGACUAUCAGUGUGCAAUUGAUAGGAAAAUAAAACUCCCCUCCUCCCUGCCUUUUAUAGCAUUCCUGGCUGAGCUAACAUUCAGUGGGAAAAAUACAAUUCGAUUUUAUACAUCCUUUUUUAAAAAUUCUGACAUUAUGAAAACUUUCCUUCCCUAGUUUUAAAACUUAAUCACAAAGAAUGAGAAAUAUUUAUUCUAUGUCCUAAAAUCAUCCCGGGGCCUAUACUAUAUUCUAUGUUCUUUUUCACACUGCUCUGAAAUGAAGUCUUGGGUGCUAGCAAAACAUGUGCUCAAUUUUAGAGUAGGUAGAAGCCUUUCUGAUGUGACCAUCCAUCCAUCUCAUUCAGGGAGUUGGAGCUUGGGAGAGAGUCACCCCAUAGCAUUUGAUGGUGUGCAGUGGGAGAGAUGAAGAUGACUGUGUCUGCCAGUAUUAAAAGUCCUUAGGUAACUUCUUAUUAUCAUCCAAAGAUGUUUCACUUACACACAAUCGGUUAAUUCAAGCAGAGUUUGAUUAGAACAGAAAUUUUAAAAGGAGUAAAUACACCUGAACAAUUUUUAAUCAGAAUAAUCAGUUAGAAAAAUAAUUUAGGAUAAAGAUAUUCUGUUUCAGAAAAGUCAGCUUACUUAUAUCCAACAGUGAGAAUGCUAGAGCCUUCUGAAUGUUUUCUAAAUGUAUCAUAUUUUACAACAUAAAGACAAUUUUGUUGAUGUAAUAUGUGUUAAGGUUUUAUCCCCCAGAGAUAACAUAUAAUUAUAAAUUAUAUUUUAAUUAUUUUUUUCUCCAUGUUCUUUAUUCUGGAAGAAAAUAAAGAUGUAGACAAUAUCAUAAAUAAGACAAACUUACAAAUUGUGGCAUUGAGCCAUGGUUUGCAAAUUUGGUAACAUAAUUUACCUAAAAUAAUAAACUAUUUUUAAUAAUAUAAGGGUUAAGGAUAACAGUCAAAGAAUACUGUAUUUAGACGUUCAAAUUUGCAUAUAGGGCAAAACCUCUCAAGCUUCUCAAAAUAAAAUCUGAGUCAAAGCUACUUUCGGUUAAAAUCAUUUGAACAGCACAUGACCUCUAACAAGAAACUAUGUGUUUUCAUACCCAAUGAAACCUCAAAUCCUAAAAACAAUUCCAUUGUUGCCUCCCAACAAGCUUUCCUCUAUGGCUAAUAUAACUAACUUUCAAGCCUAAUAAGAGAGUAUGGGUUUCUAUUUAGAUGGGUGAUCUGUAUCAUUAUAUUUGUGUAUAAUCACUUAAAAGUCCUCCUUUUUUAUAGCUCUUUUGGUUCAAAGCAUCCUAGUUAAAGCGAAGCAAAACAUUAUGAAACCUCCCUUUAAAUCUUAUUGGUAUAAAUCAUCAUGUUGAAAUAAAAAUCCAACUUUGGCUUGGAAUCUUAAAUAAAUUGAUUUUGUAUUAUUUGACUAGAAAUUAUUGUCAAGAAGAAAAAACUAAUUCUUAUAGUAGAUCUCAUUUUAGCCAAGAAGGAUAAGGUAACCUAGAUGACUGUAUAAUUAUCUACAGUAAUUCAGGGAAGUUUUUUGAUUUUUGAUUUUUGGUCUUGUUGUGAAAAGAUAAUUACUAGUGGAUAGCAGCCAAAAUUAUUAUUCCUGUUUUUAAAAUUUGUUUCAAGUGUAUCACCAAGCACUUACAAAAUCCAUUCUUUUCUUUUUCUUUUUUUAAAAGAUUUUAUUUAUUCAUUUAGAGAGAGUAGAGGGAGGGAGAAAGAGAGAGUGAGAAACAUCAAUCUGUGGUUGCCUCUCACGUGGCCCCCACUGGGAACUGGCCUGCAACCCAGGCAUGUGCCCAGCCUGGGAAUCAAACUGGCAGUCCUUUGGUGCGAAGCCUGAGAUCAAUCCACUGAGCUACACCAGCCAGGGCUAAAAGUCCAUUCUUUUCAUUUAUUAGGUAACUCAACUUAAUAAUAGGUACUCAUUGCCCUUUCUUUUGAUCCUUAAAAAUACUUUUUUAUCCUUUCUGAAAGAAUUCUCCUACUAAAAUGCAAAUGAGUACCUGUCUAUGGAAAGUAUCCCAUCUUAUGAGUAUAUUUGAAGUACUUUAGCUGGAUUCAGCUGGACUGCAAAAAAAAUUAAGAAAGGACACCAAUAUGGAAUAGAAAAAAAGAUAGAAAAAUCAAGUUUUGCAUAUAUUUAAAUAAUGUCUAUAGCCCAACACCGCUAACCUGGAAUGAAAAAGCUAAAAAUAGAUGGUGAGGCUAACUGAUUACAGUUGACCCUUGAACAAUACAGGUUUGAACUGUGCAGGUCCACUUACACAUGCAUUUUUCCAACAAAUACACAAGUGGCCCUUUAAUCUCCAGAUUUUGCAUUCAUGGAUUCAAGCAACUGCAGAUAGAAAACAGUAACUUCAAUCUGUGGCUGGGAAUCCGUGGAUGCAGAAGACCCACUGCACUCAAUGUCCCAUGCCAUUUCAUAUACGGGACUUGGACAUCCAUGGAUUUGGGUAUCUGCCAGGGUUCUAGAAUGAAUCCCGCUCAAAUAUCCAGGGACAACUGAGUUUUGGGGGAGUCACAGUUAUACAUGGAUUUUCAACUUCAUGGGGGUUGGUGGCACUAAUUUCUCACAUUGUUCAAGGACCAACUACAUAGAUAUUAAACACAGUAUCAUAGUUAACAGAAUACAAAAUUCAGCAUGUCAAACUUUGAUAAAAGAGAAACUUAAGUAUGCUAAUAAGAGUGAAACUAUUAAAAGGGACUAAAAUAACUUCUUCCAUUAUGUAUACCCACCAGUAUAGACGUUUUCUGUUGGGAAAACUUGGUAUUAUGUCUUUAAUCAAUACUGGCUGUAUGAUCUAAUUAAAUAUUAGUGUAUUCUUUAUGAUAACGAGAACCCAUGCAAGAGUCUAAAUAUUGAGUGUGGCUCAAUAUCAACAGAAUUUAAUAUUAUUUCUUAAUGAGACUGCUGGUGAAUGUAACAUGAGUGGACUAUAUGUAAAGGUAUUCUGCGAAGUAAACUAAUUAGGUUCUUAAAGUUUCUCAGUAUUCUCAGCCUCUCUCUCUGUCUUUUAUUCUAUCUUUUCCUUCUCUCUCCUCCCUUUUUCCCUUCCUACUUUCUCUUCUUGCCUCCUUUCCUCCUCCUCACAUUCCUCCUUUCUCUCUUUUUUCUCUUUUUGUUGCUCUCUUAUGAGGAUGUAAAAACUGAAUAUUAUUUUGGUGCCCCCCCAUUUCAAUGUUACAUGGUUGAACACUGUGGGCUAGUGAGUAAGGAAACAAGGGUGGACAUUAGAUAUAGAUCAUUUGGGUUAGAAAUUGAUCUAACCCAAUGAGAAAAUUGAGACCUGGGCUUCCAGAGACUUCAUAUGUUAAGAGAAAUAUGGCUCUAAAAAUAUAUAUGUUGUUUCUUUUAGCUGAAUUUAAACAUUUUCUUAAGAGGUAUUAGGACAAACCUUUUAGGACAACCUCAUAUUUUUCCCCUACAAACAUCUUAAUUUAGAAAAAUUAUUUGAUUUUUAAAUAGUAAAAUUUUACUUGGGUAUCACGCUGCUAAAGAUUGAAACAGAAAAAAGUAUCUCCGUAUCUCCUAUUUGUAGGGAAAUUGUUUCCUAUAAACUACUUUCCAAUAAGGUGAAUAUACCAAAUACAACAUACUUUUACUAUCUCUUUACCCAGAAGUGACCAAUAACGGGUCUUGCUUCCUGUACAGCCCUCUGUAACUUGGUUUCACACAGUAUGGCAUUUUGAAUUCUUUUGUGAGGGUCUGAAAACAUUUGCCAUCAAUGUUAUAAGGCUACUCUAUUGAAAAAGCAACAUACAAUGUACUUCAUAAUUGUUAGCUCCAUGUCUUUGAGAUUUUGACAUAUAUUCAAAUAGCUAUUUAUAACCAUAACUUUUAUUUAUUUGCCAGAAUUAACAAAUUGCCAAGUUCUUAAGUACAAAAAGACAGGUUGGGUCAUUUUAUGAUACAUCAAGGGAUCAAUCAUUUAUGAAUCUCAAUUCAAAGCCAUUUUUUGCAGGGAAAUUUCAAUUAUUUAUAGCAGACAUUUUUAUUCAUAAGGAACAAAAGUAAAAUAUCUUAUUGAAAAAAUAAGAGUGAGGAAGACAGAAGAGUAUGUGCUUGAAUUUUAGGUACCCUCAACACUACAAUAAUUUUAACAGUACUUCAACAAGAUUUAAAGAAUCUUUAAUUUCUAAAACUAAAUAUUUUAUCUUAUUUAUGUUUUGCUUGUGUUAGUGUACUAGUAUUACAUUCAAACUACUUCACAUAUUGUCUCCAUGAUGUUGUUUGUGUUCGGUAAUGGAAAAUAUAUAAAAAUGAUACAGCUUUUUUCUCUCUGGAAAGAUACGCUUCACUACAUCAAAUGCCUUUGACUUUUGGGUCUUAUUCUCAUCUGGACUUCUUUGUCACACGCCUCAGGGUUCCUCUACUCUAUUGCAUCAGACAGUCAAACAAAGAUAGGGAUAUGAGAACUUUGGAAAAUUAAACAAUUCUAAAAGGAAGAAUUUCUGUGUUAAUCAAUUAUGUAUUUUACACUGAUCAAAUUAUUUUGAAACUGUGAGAAAAACAGGCAGCUACCAUAUACAUUGACAGUUAUGAAACUACCAAUUAAUUUCUUCCUGUGAUUUUCAGUCGUAAGAAAGCAUUUGUCUUGAAAUGAUAGACAAUCAUAAUACUUAUUCAAAUUAAGAAAUAGGACCCUUAAUAACUUUAUCAUUUCUUAUUUCUUGAGGGAAACAUUUUUUAAUAAUGAAUGUAAAAAUAGAGAAAAUGUAGUUGAGGAAAAACAGAAGAAAUUGAGAUGAAAUUUGCCCAGCUGGGACCCACAGUCCCAUUUUCCCUCUAUCCUGUUGUCUCCUGCUGAAUUGAUACGUAAGGCCUAGUUUGGUGAGCUACUAAUUGUUGUCUCCUUUAAGAAUCUGUAGAUGGGCAAAAAUUACUCUAUGUGGAAAUUGAAUCACAUCAUCAUGUUUGGUUAUGCUUACUAAGGAAGUCAGGUUUGGUUCAAAUAGAAAAAAGUGGUUAAUGGUUUUUCAGAGUUGAAUGACCAGAUUUUUCCUUAUUAAAAAAAAAUCUUCCUGAGAAUUUUGCCUUGGAAACACUCAAGUUUUAUAACAGCUGCCUGUAACUACGUUAUAACAUUGUUAAUCAAGUGACAAAACUGUCUGAUUAUGCUUAAAAUGUACCAAAUAAGUAUAUUCCAGAAAUGAUACAUAUCAUUCUUUAUUUCAAAAUCAACCUACCUGACUUCUGAUUUUUCAGCUGUGAGUAGCCAUUUUACAAAACCAAAGGGUAUCAUAUCCCAAACAGUACUUUAGAUUAAAAAAAAAUGCCUGCUCAUUUCAGUGCGUAUGAUAAACAGCCAAUGCAUCUCCAUCAAACAUUCAAGCGUAUAUAAUAAUAAAUAGGAUUCUCAACCCACUUAGUAAAAAUACAUAGUUACAAUAUGCUGGGCCUUCUUUCACUUCCUCUGCAUGGGGUAGGUUUCACUUAACCAGACACAUGAUUAUUUUAAUGUUUUGUCCAAUUCAUUAGCUGUAAUUUCACAGGUCUAAAUUUUUGGUUUGGUCUGCAAUGUAAAUAAUAUUGUAUAUCUGCUAUUUUGCUAUCAGAUUAUACUUUGUGAAUCAUUUCUUUUAAAAAUCUAGUUAUCAUAAACUUAUAUUACAAUGUCAUCAAAUAAUACCAGGUAAUAUAUACUAAUAAAUCUGUAGGGCAUGGUUAAAUUACACAUAUUUUGAAAUGUCAAGCUAUUUUUCAUUUUUUAAAGGAUGAAUGCAUCUUCUAAGCCUGUACCAUUAAUUUAAAAAACAGUUUCAUUUAAUGUUUCAUAUUAUAUUUUAAAAUAGUUUUCUUUAUUCAGUAAUACAGGUUUAGAGAAAUGACAAAACAUGUCUCAUUUCACUAGAAUUUUAAGAAUACUAGUAAAUGUAAAAGUAUGCAAGCACUUAUAGGAUUAUAAACAUCUACUGUAUCUUUUUGCUUUUCAUGUUAUACCACUUUUUAUUUAUUUGAUUAUGUUUACUCAUAAUUAUGUUAAAUUGUGCACAAUGUAAAUAGCGUGUUUCAUUAUGCAAAAUGUCUUUGUAUUUCACACUGCGGAACAAGGUAAAUUUGUAUAUGAAAAAUAAGUGAUGAAAACCUGGGUUUCUUAUAAAACAAAGUAGAAAUGAUAGUAGUGUGUUAUAUUUACAUAAUUCAUUACAAAACUAUCUGUUUAAGUCAUGCAUUUAUUUACUGUAUAAAUCUAAAUUGUCACAUAAAAUAU